UCAAACAAGCUCACUGGAAACGAACUAAUUUGUAAAUUCUUCACAGACGUAGGCAAGAAAAACCAUUCCAGAAGAAAGAAAAAGUAAAUGACGUAUAUAUACUAUGAUACCAAUUCCUCGUCCCAUUAGCUUGAAAUUUUAUGAAGAAACUGAGUAAACUUAGGGAUUAAGAGUCUAAAUUAAUUGAUUCUCUUCAAUACAUACAUAAUCUUUGUGUAAUUAACUACAAUUAUUUACGGAAAGAUAUAAUUAAUAUGUGGGUCGAGCUGAUUUGCGGUCUGGUUCUGUACCGAUUAUUUAAGCGCUACUUGUAUGAAGAUGAUGCCCUCCUUGAUCUCGAUACCUCACAUUCCAAUGCCCUCUUCGCCGUCGCAAAUAGAUUGGAACAGCUUUAUUACGGGAGUAAGGCCUACGUUGGGCUUCAAAUUCCUGACGCUGAUUCGGGUUCUCGACAGAAUAUUGAUAUCGUUCUUGUUACUAAGGGAGAGGCACUGGUGAUUUCGGUAAUGAAUGUAUCGGGAUUCAUAUCCAUUGACAAGAAUGGGAAUUGGGUUUGCACUGGAGGACGUAGCAACAAAACUACGUGUCUUCCAGAUCCUACGGCUGAAACAAAACGGCUAGUUCCCAUUCUUGAAGCAUAUCUUGAACAAAGGGGAGUUGUUGUUCCAGAAGGAUAUCUGUCUAGCAAAGUCAUAUGUCCCAAUCCAAAAUUUAGUACCAUUCAAUCAGUUUUUCCACCUGAGGUCAUUACCUAUGACCAGUGGACACAGUUAAAGCCCGAGCAAAAAAGUAUGCUUUCUGGAUGGAUCAAAGGUGCAUUUUGCAGUGCAAAGAAAGAAAUGCAGGAAUCAUUAAAUAAGAAGCUUUGUUCCUCCCUCAGCACAGCUCCAAUGUGGGAUAGGUUGGAGCUUAAAGGAAACAGGUUUGUCCUGGGAGAAUUUAUGGAGUUCAAAGGCAAACAAGAUGAUCUUCAGGCAUUAAUAAAUAUCAGGAGAUCAAAAGUUAGCCGUCUGAUUGUGCAGAAGAUAAGCAUGUUUGGUUUUGGUAUCCUCGCUUACUAUUGCUUAUAUUUUACAUUUGAGUUUAGAAGACCUGCGUUUCCUCAGAACUUAGUAUCUCAUACCAGGCUCCAAGUUUUGUACUCUCCCCGUGAUUAUCGCAAUGAAGGGGCUUCUUCUUCUUCAGAGUGGAAAGAAGUGGCAGUAAGGUCAAGCACUGAGGUGGUAUUUCAUCCUCAGAAUUGUACAAAAGUGCGAAAAUAUAAGCUGUCAUCAAUCAUUUCCAUGUCACUGAGCGCCUGAAAGUGAAUAAUGGUUAUAUAUUAAACCGGGAUUCAUUUUCUCCUCUAUUAUACAGUUCCAUCUUGUGAUGUGUGUCACGUAAUUAUUCUGUGUAUAUAUCCUCGAAUAUGUAAAAUGUAAAGACUUGCGCAUUGCUGGAGUUGUAGUGUCUGAGCUGUACCCUCCCAUUUGCUAAUACGGUUGUUUUCAGUUUCACGAGGAUCAGACUCAUGUCGACUUUGCUUCUA